AAAAGGAUUUAGAAUAUCCUUAAAAUUGUGCUUUAGCUAUUUCUCGCGGCAUAAUUCUUAUAUUGCCUUCGGUUGAAUUGCAAUACCAAAAUAAAAAGCGCUGUGAAAAUAUUAUUUCUGCCCUUCUUAAAGUGAAUUAAGUGGAAAAUAUAAUAAAUUCUGUGCGUUAUCCUUCGGUUUAUAUUUUAUUAUUAUUUUCUUUUUUUUUUGGGAAUUUAUUUCUAUAUAUUUUUUUUUUGUUGGUUGUUGUUGUAUCCUUAUAAUUCGACGCGUAUACAAAAGUUCCAUUUACAACCAUUUUCAUUCAGCACAUUGCCAACACCAAGCCAACAAUUGACAUCUCAAAUUGAAUUAUAUUUCCCACUCUGUAUAUUACUUCUGUAGUAGUCAUAGUCGUAGUCGGCAAACCAACCAAACGACAAACGAAACCAAAACGAACGAGUGUAAGAGAGUGGAGUCCUUGCGGCUAAAUAUCCUUCGAAUAAAAUUAAUUUGUAUUCCCAAUUUCGAAAUACAGAAAUACAAAAAAAAUAAAAUUGAAAACGUGACACUGUAAAAUAAAAAAAAAUUAUCAUAUAUGAUAAAAAGUCAUUCAGAAAAAAAUAUCCUUCCUUAUCCUUUUACUUGUGGUGAUGUGGCAAUUUAUAAUAAAUAUUAAAAAAUAAUAAAGAAAAAUAUAUAAUAAAAUAUAAAAACUUAAUUAAAAGAAAAUUAAGUCGAUAUUAAGUGAUUGUUUCGCGUGGUUUCCUCUGGCUUGAGUGUGUGUGUAUGUGUGUGGUGUCCUUUUCCGGCAUCCAUCGCGUUGGUCAUCGCCAUCGCCAUCAUCAUCAUCGUAUGAAUUGUCGUUCGUUGAUAUUCAAGGAUAUAAUAAGCUUUUGGUGAAAAUUUCGCGUCAUCGCCUACACUAACAGAACAAAAACCAAAAAAGAAAAUUAACACAUAAAGUGCAAAUUAUACCACCGUGGAUUAACUCAUCAUCACAACGAAAAUAUUGAUAAAUUAUAAUCCUAUUAUCCUGUGAGGAAAAAAUAUUAAAUACCCAUCAUAAUAUAACCCUUUUCGCACAUGGAUCAACUUUCAUGUGAAUUGGCUGAUGGGCAUAGAUGAAGUUUGAUGAAGUUAAACCAACCAGCCAUAAAAACGCACGCAGACGACGCGACGCGAGCACAAUAAUUCCAACUCGAAUCAAUUGUUGCGUAGAAAAUAAAAAGUAAAUAAUUAAAAACAGAAACAAAUAAAAAACAGAAACAAAAAAGAAAAAAAAAAAAAAACAAAUUAAUUAAUGCAUGCUAAUAAACGUGAUAGCAACAUCAACUGCACGUAACACAACGUAACGCAUAAUGUUAAGCUCGCUAGAGACAUUGGCAGGCAAGAUUUCACCUGGUUCAGGGAAAAGCAGUCCGUCCUCCAACAGCCAGCAAUCCCCGCAGUAUCAGAGUCACCAUCAGCACCCGCAAACACCAGCGCUGGCAGUGGCGGCCGUUCAGCGCAGCAAUGGCCACUACAACGGCCUGGAUAGUAACUGCAACAAAAUAUGCCACUCGGGACAUAGCAUCCAUCAUCCCUAUCACAAACAGGACCAUAAUAAUUGUCUGAAGGAACAUGCUUUUGGUAUGAGCGACACAGCAAGCAACAAUAAUGACAGCCUACCGAAUAGUCCAAUCAAUAAUAACAAUUGCACCUUAUUGAACAACAAUAUAAGCGUAUGCAACAACAACAAUAACAACGCCAGCAGCCCCAACAAUAACAAUAAUAAUAAUAACACGAGAAAUGCGAAUAACAAUGUCGUCCCAUCGGACGCACUUAUCCGCAUGGACACGUCGGAUAUUCCCUUCGACGAGGAACCGGAUCCAGAUACGAUAAAAAUGUUUGUUGGCCAAGUUCCAAAGUCAAUGGACGAACGCCAGCUGCGGGAGAUGUUCGAGGAGUUUGGUCGGGUCCAUUCGAUUAAUGUUCUUCGAGAUAAAGCCACCGGAAUCAGCAAGGGUUGCUGUUUUGUGACAUAUUUUGCCCGAAAAUCUGCCUUAAGAGCACAAGAUGCCCUACACAAUGUAAAAACCUUAAAUGGGAUGUAUCAUCCCAUUCAAAUGAAACCAGCUGAUAGUGAAAACCGAAAUGAACGGAAACUUUUUGUUGGUAUGCUAAAUAAGAAACUAAACGAAAACGAAGUCCGUAAAUUGUUCGAACCCUUUGGAACAAUCGAAGAGUGUACUGUGUUGCGUGAUCAAAACGGACAGAGUAAGGGGUGUGCCUUUGUAACAUUUUCAACAAAACAAUCUGCGAUAUCAGCCAUCAAAGUAACAUUAAAUCAAAAUAAAAUCAUGGACGGAUGCACCUCACCGUUAGUUGUCAAAUUUGCCGACACCCAAAAAGAAAAAGAGCAAAAGAAAAUCCAACAGAUCCAAGCGAAUCUAUGGAACUUAGCUUCGAAUAUAAAUAUCCCGCUGGGCCAGACGGCGACAUCUGUAUCAACUCCAAUACUGCCAAAUCCACCGCAACAAGCGAGUCCUGUACUAGGAUCGGACGCCAUAACACCAUCGUCCUUGCAAUUUUUGCAACAACUUCAAGCUGUUGGCUUACAGCAACAGAUUUUGCAAGGUUUAAGCGCACAAACAGGAGGAGCUGAUGCAUCAGCGGCUGCUGCUGCUUUCAAUGUACAAAAUUUAGCUGCUAUUGCAGCUAUGACCCAACCAUCGUUGACCGCUAGUGCCGCACAACCAGGAAGCGCGCAACUCACAAAUGCAGCUGCCCUCUUAUGUCUAUUAGGAAAAACCGCCAACUCAGGGUCGGAUGCUAAUUCAUUAACAUCAGCGUAUAUGUCAUCGGCCGCAGGACUACCACAAUUUGGUAGCACAGCUUUAUCCACAUCACCAUUGGCAAGUGUGGCAUUAAGCACAGCAGCAGCAGUUGCUGCCGGAAAACAAAUUGAAGAUCUCAUGAAUCGCACCUCUAUAUGCCUUAUGUGUGAGGGUGUCCUUAAACACGCGGGUUCAUCCGGUCGUGCACAGGGACCUGAAGGAUGUAACUUAUUCAUCUACCACCUACCGCAAGAAUUCACCGAUACAGACUUGGCUUCGACUUUUCUACCUUUUGGCAAUGUGAUUUCCGCCAAAGUGUUUAUCGACAAACAAACAAAUCUAUCCAAAUGCUUUGGAUUUGUUUCAUUUGACAAUGCUGAAUCAGCCCAGGUGGCGAUUAAAGCAAUGCACGGCUUCCAAGUUGGUACAAAACGUUUGAAGGUUCAGCUUAAAAAGCCCAAAGAUGCCUCAAAGCCAUACUAGCACAUCCCUUGCAAACUCAAACAUCAAAGGAUCUGCAAAUUAAUUACAAAUGCUGUUCGAGUUUGAAAAAUAAAAUGAAAAAUAAUAAAUAAAUGUAAAAUCAUUUUGAAAUUUUACUUCUUUUUUUUUGUAAAAAGGAUGAAAUUAAAAGAAGAGAAAAUGAAAAUAAAAAUUACGUACAAAAAUUGUAAGUAAAAUAAAUAUCCUGAUCCGUUAAAAAUUGUAAACAAAUUCCGUUUGAUAAAAAUUAAAUUUUGUAAAUAUCUUUAAAAAAAAUACGGAAAUUGAAAGUAAAUUUCAAAAAACACAAAAACGAGGACAUAAAAGCGCACUGACAAAUCAACUUCUAAUUCACAAAGAGUAAAAUAUUAAAAAAAAGAAAAGAAAUACAUUUUAAUUUAAAAUUGAUGUGUGAUUAAAAAAUAAGAAAAAAAACUACAAGUAAUUCCAAAAUAAAUAAAAAUAAAAUGUUUGUAAAUGUUUGUAAAUAGCAAAGAAAUUUUUAGGAAUAAAUAUCAUUUUUUGGAGGAAUUAAGAAUAAAUAUUAUUUCAAAAAAGAUUUUGUUUGAGAAAAUUUAACCGUGUAUGAUGUAAAUAUACAUAAAUUGCAAUCGUUAAGCUUGGAUAUCGUUUAUUAGUAUUUUUGUAUUCAUAUUGAAAUAGCAUAAAGUUAAUGAGAAUUAUUAGUUCAUAGAAUUAUUACUCCUACUUUUAAAAUACGCAAAAGAUCAGUAACGUUUUUAUAAAAUUUCUCCAUCAUUCCCUUAAACCACGUACUUUUGAUUAUGAUUUUUCUUUGUAAAUACAAUUAAUUAAUGUGAAUCUUUAUUUUUUAAUAGAUUUACGAAUUUUCUAAUUACGUAUAAAUAUAAGUAGGUCAUAAAAAAAUGUAUAAAAAGAAAAACUUACAUAUAUUUCAAGAAAGAAAAACCAAACAAAAAAAUAAAACCUAAUAUAAAAAUUGAUAAAAAAAUAAGUUAUUUUAUACAAA